AUGACACUUCAGAGUGAUUUUUCCCACAGUUUUUAUUGCUUUAGAAUAUUGGGAAAAAAAACCCACAUUGGUUUAAAUGUGGCAUCAUUAGUACACCUUUCACAGGCAAAUGAAUACAGGUUCUCAGAAAGAAACUGUUCAGUUUAUUGUUUUCAUCUGAAAUUAUUUUUUUUCCUGGUACCACUUAACUAUCCCCGCUUCACUCCUGUACGUACUCAACAGGAUGAGACAGGGGCAUAUCUCAUCGAUAGAGACCCCACGUAUUUUGGUCCAAUACUGAACUACCUCCGACACGGGAAGCUCAUCAUAAACAAGGAGCUUGCAGAAGAAGGGGUACUGGAAGAAGCAGAGUUUUACAAUAUUGCAUCUCUUGUGCGGCUGGUGAAGGAGCGGAUACGGGAUAACGAGAACAGAACCUCUCAAGGACCUGUGAAGCAUGUGUACAGAGUCCUGCAGUGCCAAGAGGAGGAGCUUACACAGAUGGUGUCCACUAUGUCUGAUGGGUGGAAGUUCGAACAGCUAAUCAGCAUUGGAUCUUCUUAUAACUAUGGAAAUGAAGACCAGGCAGAAUUCCUCUGUGUUGUAUCCAGGGAGCUCAACAAUUCUACCAAUGGCAUUGUCAAGGAGCCCAGCGAGAAGGCAAAGAUUCUUCAGGAGCGAGGAUCCCGGAUGUAAUUCAAGUGUAACCGCUCCCUUAAAACUCCCAGAUGUCAAAAGGGCAGUCCAGCUGGGCAGAGCAUCUCUCCGCAGUGCAACCUUGCCCUUGUACAGUAGCCAAGCUAAUGCAAAGCAAAGCCGAGCCUGUCCUGCCAAUGGUG